AAACGCACUGGGGCUAGGAGUAGCCUACGCAUGGGAGUGCCGGUGUGUAUCGGUAACGUAUUUUCCUUCCUGUUGUUUUAGUUCGUAUUUUGAAAUCGAAACAUUCUGUCGUCAAAAUAGCGACUGAAACAAAGCUACAAAGCUUGAUAGCUCGACAGAGUUCGAAAUCACAAAUACGAUCAGAGCCACAUUGAAGAAUUUCCUCCCAUCCCUUUGCUACACGCGCAACUAACGUUACUUUAGGAAAAGGCAUGUCAAUGUUUGCCUAUUCGGACUACUUCGCCGCUGAGUGCCUGGUGUCCAUAUCCAGCGGACCUGUCCUACACCGUCCUACCCCGGUUACCACUGCUGCCCUGGGCCCCCCUCAGGGCCUUCCUCCGGGGGAAAGAGAGGGGUCGAGUGAGGACAAGGAGGUCCGCGACAUGCUGAAAGAGGGGGGCAACAUUAUGACGGUGGCAGGAAUUCUCACGGAUCUUCAUGACAAGUUACGACCUAUGUCGGCCUACUCUGAAAGCAGUAAUUCCUCCAUCGGAGACGUGGAUCGUUUCUCUCAUGGGGAAAGCGGAUAUACCACGCUGUCUGACUCAACGACCGCGACCCCCUCGUCCACACCGACGCCCGGACAACAAAAUCCCCUGCAUCUGCUCCAGAACGGAACGCCUUCUCGGUCACCCCUAAAGCGACACCCCUGUACUUUCCAUGGCUGUGACCGGGUCUAUGGAAAAUCAUCUCACCUCAAGGCGCAUAUCAGAACUCACACAGGUGAAAGGCCCUUCCUCUGUGCCUGGCCAGGCUGCGAGAAGAAGUUUGCCCGCUCCGACGAGCUGGCGCGACAUGUCCGGACCCACACGGGCGAGAAGCGCUUCCUGUGCCCGCUGUGCGACAAGCGCUUCAUGCGCAGUGAUCACCUCGUCAAGCACGCCCGCCGCCAUCCCAACUUCCACCCCUCCAUGAUCGGCCGCAAGGGCUCAGCUCAGGGACUCCCCUGCCCCCUGGAGGGCCUGUAGGUUCAGCCCUGCUGGUGCAGUGCCCGUCCGGAUUUAGUAGUUUCAACUGAAGGACAGUUCAUUCUCACUCAAGGAAGCUCAGACCCACGUUCAAGCACUACUUUUCUCAAGCACACAAUAAGACCUGGACUUCACAUUUUUCAGAUCUCACAAGGAUGGUGGUUGAGAGGGGAGAAUUUUUAAACUCAAUGCAAAACGGUUGGCCAGUCUGAGAAAUCUACGCUCCCUGUUGUUGCAGAGACCUUUGCAGUCUUUGCAGCGCGGCAUUUGUUUUCAAAGAAUCAAAAAGUGGGAUUCUCCCCUUGCACAGCUGCUCUACCUGUGACCAUAUGUAAAAGCUGCUAUGAUGUAGCCAAAAAAUGUGGCCGAUAUUUCAUCUGGUCUCGGCCUCGUGAAAUCAAUUAGUAGGCCGGAAGAUCAGAACAGCUGCAGCAGCUGAGGCCUAUCUGCAUGUGCAGGCCAGGCUGCUGUGGCAUGGGGAGGUGAGGCCAGGCUGCUGUGGCAUGGGGAGGUGA